AUGAAUCGCAAGUAUUUGUGUGGAAAAGACAACAAAUGUGUUAUUGAUUAUCGUAAGUUGAUUUUUAUAUUUUACAAUUGUUGUAUGUUUAGAUUAUCGACCAAUGUGUGCUUCCUGUCGCUACAACAAAAUAGAACAAGCUGGAAUGAAAGUAAACAGUAGGUUUGGAAGCUUAUAACUAGGACUUUAUAACAAUAAUAUAUUAGACUAUACUUAUAGAGUAAUGAGGCUAUAUCAAUAUACUUAUAUUAGCGUCUUACAUUUUUUAGAUAUUCGUCUAAAUUGCGACAAAAUCGGUCCAAUUCAGCGAGUAACCGCUACUCAUAUUGUACAAGCCAACCCCUUACAAUUACUCGAAACAUUGGUCAAAGGAUACAAACAGUUUUUGGUGAAUAUUGAAGAACUGUAUUACAUCGUCAGUCCUGGGUCAUGCUUCAAAGGUAUUAAAUUUCGACCAGCAACACUGCCAGAACAACUUGUUAACGACCGGUCGCAAAUCACCUACAUGUUGAAGAUGUUGAAUCAAAGUUUCACGCCUUUUAAUGAGUUCUCGGACAAAGAUAAGGUAAAGUUAUAGUUUUUGCGUAAAAACAUAUUUAUAUAGUAUACUGUUUACUACUACAUAAAACAGUUUAAAAGUUUUUAAAUGUCAAUUUAGGUAAAAACACUAGAAAUGUUUCAACCCCAGUUCACUCGUCUAAACAUGUGUUAUUUGACUGUAAAAUACUAUCAAGACGUCCCUAAUCGACUGGUUUUGUUUAUUGGCGGUUAUAUUGACAAGUCAGCAUUAGAAAUUUUAUACGCUGAAGACGAUGACGUUGCGCAGUCUGUAAGGUAAGUGGAUUUUUAUAUUUUACUAGUUUUGUGAACAAGACCGCGUGAGAUUUGUAAACUGUAAAAUUUUUAUCAAUUUUAGGUGUUUCACCAAUUUAAUGGCAAAGUACUACAAAAUUGUGAACAAGUGGCGUGAACUACGGAUAGAUGUAACUGAAACUGCAGUAAUGUCAGCUAUAAUCUUUUGGAGAGACUGUAAGUUAUUUACUAUAGUGAAACUCCUGUAUAAAGAACACUUUUAGAACAAAAACCUCUCGAUAUUUCAGUAAAUGUUCUCUUUGCCACCGACAAAUACCAAGAGAACGUAGAGACAGUGUGUGGAGAGCUAUACCAGUACCAUAAGCAACAAAAUCGAUCGCUAACUCGAUUGGGGAUGUUGAUGACUUGCCUACGAGAUUUUGAGGAGAUUAUGCAUAUGAUGAGAGCAAGUUGCGUUUUGGGUGAACUCAUGAACAACAACUACGUGCCAUACAUGCAUCAGGACAUCUUUAAAGAAAUGUACAUGUCUGUUUAACUGAAGUUUUAUUGACAUAACCAAAAAGUUUUAAACUUGACUUACUGUCUAUGUAUAUCUAGCGGGCAGUAAUUUAGAAUUGUCUUGUGACUAUAUCUAACAGUUUAUAGUUGUAGUAUUUUUCAGUGAAAAUAUCAAUUUAACAUGGUGUUAAUACAGUAGAUAGUAGUUAAUACAAUGUGUAUACUACAUAUACAUGUACUGACCAUUACGAUAGAUGUUCAUGUAAAAACGUGUAAUUUAUUGAGAAUAAAUGCAAUUCUUUUAGGGAAUCAAACAAACGUGAUGUUUUACAAGGUGAUCUAACUAUCGCUCAGUUGUACAAAUUUUCAAAAUUAUACAUAAAAUGA